AAUUGAACCUCUUAUCUGUUUUGGCCGACGGAUGUCAACAAAAUAUCAAUGUUUCCCACCAAAAUCUAUCAUAUGACAUUGCAAAAACAAGAAGAUAUUUCUAUUACCGUCACUGUGGAUAGAAACACAACCAAACUAAGGAAGAGCUUGCGGAGAGCAGUGACAAAAGCAAAACCUCUCUCUCUCUCCCUCUCUCACUCUCUCUCUCCAGAAAAUACAAAUGUUGAUACAGUCACAACAGCACAUCCUCACCUCCAACUUCCCAUUCUCUCUCUCUCAUCACCACUUUCUCUCUCCUUCCCUUAACUUCCCCCACAGACCUCGCCUCCGUACUCUCUACUCCCCUCGACCCAAGCAGCCAUGGCUAGCCGCCCAAGCCACCUCCGAACCCACCACCAGCACCGCAAAACCAGAGGAAGAAGAGGGUGGUCCGGUGGAGUUCUUCACGCCUUCUACUCCAAUCUUCGCCACCGACGACGACCCUUCUCCCAUCCAAGUCGCCACCAGCGUCCUCCUCACCGGCGCCAUCUCCGUCUUCCUCUUCCGCGCUCUCCGCCGCCGCGCCCGCCGCGCUAAGGAGCUCAAAUUUAGGUCCUCAGGAGUGAAGAAGUCACUCAAGGAAGAGGCACUGGACAACUUGAAAGCAAUGGGGUCAGCUUCAAUUGAAUCCAAAGGUCCACCUUCGCCUGUUCAGGCAUUGUUGGGAGCCAUAUCUGCGGGUGUUAUUGCUGUCAUUCUUUACAAGUUCACCACCACUAUCGAGGCUGCUCUCAAUCAACAAACGAUUUCGGAUAGUUACUCGGCUCGUCAGAUUACAAUAACUGUAAGGACUAUUGUGAAUGGUUUGUGCUACCUUGCAACAUUUAUUUUCGGCAUCAACUCUAUCGGCUUGUUCCUCUAUGCUGGUCAGCUUGCCAUCAAUUCUUUUAUGGAAGGAUCCACAGAUGAAGAAACCGAGAGCAAAGGCGGAGAGCAGUUAAGCUCGACGAAUUCGACGGUUGAGAAUCCCACAAGUGCCGGUGACAGCAGCGAAGAUAAUCAAAGUUCAGAUGACUCGCAGUAACACAAGAGAAAACUAAUGCUGAAGCAGUUGAAAAGGUUAUUGUAUUUUUUUUCACUUGUAGAAAACUGUAUUUUGAUAAUAUGAUCUCCAUAUUUAUGCCACGAUCCGCUAACCGAUCUCUGCCAACUCUCGUCUCCGUUCCAGUUAAAUUACUGCUGCAUAUCAGAGAGAUGGUGUAACUGUAACUAACCUGUAUAGUAGCUGCUGAUAAGGGUUCUGUACAGAAAAAUUCACCCUUUUGUUAUAGGCAAAAUCCAUUUUGACCUGUCAGAAAUUUGAA